CAGCUCAGAGGUGAUAUACUGUGUACAGAUGCUCCUGCCAUGGUGCCAUGGCAAAGAGAAAACGGCAAAGAAAGAUCAAUGAACUGGGGGACGACGAAGCGCAGGCCAAGCCCAAGGCCAAGCGGACGAGGCCUCCCUUCGUCGACGGGCUCGAGCGGAAGGCAUGGGCUCCCGACGCGUCGUACGACGGCGCGAAGCUCAAGAACGUACACUUCACGGAAGAAGAGGAUGAAGCCUUGCUCCGUGGGGUAAGGCUCUGGGCCGAGGAAAAUGGAAAGGACUUCCAGGAGGUGUGUGACCAACUCAAGACGGAGACUCCUAAGACGGGUGCCUUCAGCCGCAUCGCCCAGCUAGCGGACCUGAAACGCCGCCGCGUCUGGUCGAUGGUGUGCAGGAUCCGAAGGAUCCUUUGGGGCGGUCACAGGUGGACCCCUUCGGAACUGGAAAUUCUGGUGGACGAGGCUUCCACCUCACUGAAGCCAAGUUGGAAGCAGAUCUCGCUCCUGCUGAAUGUCCAUCCUCUGACCUGCCGUGACAAGUAUCGUGACCUCUGUGCUGGGAAGAGGAAGAAGGGUCCUUUCUCAGAGCAGGAGGACUGGCGGCUUCGGAUGGCCAUUUGCGAGACCACCAACAGUCUUCUGCCGACCUCCAGCAUACCUUGGACCGAGGUCUGCAAGUGGCUUCCCCAUCGAGGCUGGCGGACGGUGAUGCAGCGCUGGUACACCCGGCUGAUGCCGCGGCUGCUGGCCUACGAGGACAAAUAUGGUUUUCCCAUCGAGCAAGAGACGUUCCUCCGGCUCUUGGUGCUGGAGCGCUCAGAACAAAGGCGGAAGCUUCAAAAGACGACGGUGUCGAGUGCCAAGGAGGUGGAGUGGACAUCUGUGAACACCUGGUGGUCUGCAGACAUGAACCGCCGAAAGUGGCGGAUCUUGAGCAACAGCGUGCCCCGCGCACUGGAUGAUGCAUCCUUCAAAGAGAAAGUCCAGCACUGGUUCGAGGUGCUGGACUGCGCGGGUCACAAGAAGAGAGAUCGGAAGCUGCUCAAAUGUGCGCUGGCAACGAUUGAGCGGGAGGCACAAGAGAUGGAUGAGCCUCAAUGAGCUUGGAACCCAGGCUCCUCAGCGCUGUGAGCGCCGCUCGCGGACCCA